UACGCGCAAGUUCGGGCAGGUAGUCUCGGGGUGUGUCCUUCAACGCUGAGCAGAUCUUAUCGGACUCUUUUAGACGGGAGCUCAGGUCAGAGGCGACCAGAGGAAGACGGAUUCCGAGUUCUGUGCGCACGAAUAUGGAUUCCAAAUGGAUAUUGUCGGUUCUGUUGGUUAUUGGCUGUGCUUUUGCUGAGGUUACCCCACCGAAAAAAACAGGUCGAGGUUUUAUUGGAAUAAAGAACGACGACGACAACACAGCGACUAUUGAUCCUGCAGCAAUAGCUGCUCUGAGGAGCGGUCUUACCACCGUUUUCUUCCCGAUCGUCUACUCCGUUGUGUUCGUGGUUGGGCUCACAGCAAACGGGAUGGCCAUAUGGGUGUUCCUCUUCAGGACCAAGAAGAAGCACCCUUCCUCCAUCUACAUGGCCAACCUUGCCCUGGCCGACCUGCUGUUUGUGGUUUGGAUGCCUCUGAAAAUUUCCUACCACGUAAACGGAAACGACUGGAUCUACGGGGAGCCCCUGUGCAAAGUCCUCGUGAGCUUCUUCUACGGGAACAUGUACUGCUCCGUGCUCUUCAUCACCUGCCUCAGCGUGCAGAGGUACUGGGUCGUGGCCCACCCGCUGUCUACCCAGAGGAAGAACAACAAAGUCGCUAUCGGUGUCUGUGCGGCCGUCUGGGCUUUCAUUUGGAUCACCUCCAUCCCUCUGUACCUGUAUGACCACACAGCUAAGAUCAACGGGAUGAACAUAACAACCUGCCAUGACGUCACCAUAGUAGACCCCAAAGAUCCAUACGCCUCUAUCAAACACCCGCUCUUCUACUUCAUGUUCAUGAGCACAGUCGCGUUCUUCGUCCCUUGCAUAGUGAUCAUUGCGGCGUACGUCCUGUUACUCCAAACCCUGGGGAACAGCAUGGAAGAAAGCACGUCGGGAAAGAUGCGACGAAAAGCCUUCUUGCUGAUCUUGGUGGUCCUGCUCACCUUCCUGGUCUGCUUCGUCCCCAGCAACAUCAUGCUGGUGAUACACUACGCCCUGCUCAAAGCCGGCCAGGCGAACAACGGCUACGGCUUUUACGUCACGACGCUGUGCCUGGCGAGUCUCAACAGCUGCCUGGACCCUUUCAUCUACUACUUCGUGUCGGACGAGUUCAGGGAGCACGUGAAGAACACGCUGCUGUGCCGGAGCAGCAGGACGGUGGAACGGGAGAAGGUCACGUUCAGCUCCAUGAAGUACUCCAAGAAGACCAAGUCGUUCGUGUCAGCGAGCAACAACACGGAGAGCAGCAACUGUUAGGAGACGGAGAGAACGGACCGAUCGGAUCAAGCAGUGCGCCGCGCUGUAGGCGCGUUGUCUCUCCUGCACUGACGAUGUAGUCCACCCAAACUCGGCUCAGGGCUCAACCAAAGAUGAACUCUAAACCUUCGGAGGACGCUGUUUUGCUGUGUGUGUGACUGUAUCAUGAGCUUCUGCUCGCUGUUAAAAUGUGAAUGGUUAGGAUUUUUCUUCUGUGUUAUAUUCUGUGUAAAUAGAUCUAAAAGGGAGGUCAACUGUUAAAGACUGACAUUUAUUGCAUGAGGUGCACCAAUCAGGCUUUUCCUGGCGGAUCUAGGUUGCCGGCGUUUAAGGUCUGACCUGCUGAUGACGAUAUUUGGAAAAAAAAUCAAAUCAAAUGCUAUUCCUCAUAAAAGAGAAAAAGAGCUGUUUGCAGGUUCUCCAGUAAAAGUUACAGUUCUGAACGCAACAGAAAAAUGAAAAACAUUACAAGAUCAUCACCGUUUCUGCAUUUAAACAUACAUUUUAAACUUUGUUUUAUUUAUUUUUUUGUUUUGUUUGUUCACUCAACAAAGUGCAAAAGGCCUGCUGUCGAUUGAUGAGCUCAUAGACUGUAAAAAGUGGGACUUCUUAUUUCUGAGCAUAAAAUGACAUUUUUAGUAUUUGUCCUGCUGAUCAACAAUCAGCAGAUAAUUGUCCAACUCCGAUUUCUUGCCGGUUGAUUGGUGCAUCUUUGUAUAUAUGUACAUGUUAUACUGCAGGUUAGUGCAAAUGAGAUCUGUUUAAAAACGGCUACAGUUUUAGUGAUUUGCAAGAGAAUUUGCAAAACGAGAAAUAUUUAUUUUUUUAUUCAUAUAUUUUAUGUUGCUUGUUUGACAUGUUCUGUCAGCCGUUUAAACUCAUUUUAAACCUUUUUUAAAUAAAAAAAAAAGAACAACCAUUGA